AUGCCUGAGAAACUAACCAAUGUGACCCUAGUAACACAAUUUUUGCUCCUGGGACUUCCCGAUAAUGAGGUGCUUCAGAGACUGUAUGCCACAUUCUUCUUGCUGAUAUACCUGGAAGCACUGAUGGGCAACUUGCUCAUUAUCACAAUCACUACCAUUGACCAGCAUUUCCAAUCCCCUAUGUAUUUCUUCCUGAAAAAUCUGUCCUUGAUUGAUAUCUGUUAUAUUUCUGUCACUGUCCCCAAAUCCAUCAUGAACUCUCUGAACAACAGUCAUUCCAUCUCCUUUGUGGGAUGUGCCUCACAGGUUUUUCUUGUUGUUUUCUUUGCUGGCACAGAGUUUGCCCUCCUUCUAGUGAUGUCCUAUGACCGUUAUGCUGCCAUCUGCUGUCCCCUGCACUAUGAGGCCAUCAUGAGUAGAGGUACCUGUGUGCAGAUGGUGACAGCAUCAUGGUUUAGUGGGUGUGUCUAUGGAUCCAUUCAUGCUGCAGGUACAUUCUCUGUCCAUUUCUGUGGGCCAAACAUGGUGCAUCAAUUUUUCUGUGAUAUUCCAGCAUUGCUUACUCUUGCUUGUUCUGGGGAGCAAAGUCUAGAACAUAUGUUUAUUAUUGUUAGUUGUUGUUUUGUUUUUGUAUGUUUUAUUUUAAUGGUUGCUUCCUAUGUUUAUAUUAUUUCCACAGUUCUAAGAAUUCCUUCUUCCCAAGGCAGGUUUAAAACCUUCUCCACCUGCAUGCCCCAUCUAACUGUGGUAGCCUUGUUCCUCUUUUCUGGAUGUAUUGCAUAUUUACGUUCAACCUCAAAAUCCCCAUCAUCACUGAACCUCUUUAUGUCUGUGUUAUAUUCUCUGUUACCUCCCAGCCUGAAUCCUGUCAUUUACAGCCUGAGAAACAGGGACAUGAAAGUGGCACUUGGAAAAUUUUUGGGUGAGAAAAUGAUACCAAAUAUAUAA